AUGGCUCUCCAGCUGGGCAUUACACGCUCCGAUUCGCUUACUGGUCCAAGUCAGAUCUGCAUCAUCGACAACCAUCAUCUCAGCUCGUAUGAGGAUGCACCUGGGUCGGAUACGGAUAUCGGGAACCCGCACAUCAUUGAAUUCUCGCUAUCUAGGAGCACACUGCCAUCGAAGCCGCCAAGACCUCGCCGCUGCAUUGCAUCCUCGGUCCCGACCCCACCGUCUCCCAAGCCUCGACUUGCACUUCACGACUAUGUCGUCAGCUGCAAGCCCGUCUUCGAUUAUGUCUUCAAUUUCGUCCAGCGUCCCUACAGAAGACCUGAUUGGGGCGGAUCUCUUCCCGAGAGCGAAUGGUUCCUCAGCGCGGCGCAAAUUCUCUGGUUCAACCAGUCCGUCAAUGCCGCUGUGUACCUUGGCGCGAUGGCUUGGGGGCUUCACAUGGCCAUUUUCUACAGGGCGGCCCGUGCAGUAUGGAAAGGCAGCCACCAAUCUCGUGUUACAUGGCUGCCUCUCAUCGGUACCUUAUGGGCAAUGGCUACGAUCAACAUGGCGUGUAACGUGAGGUUCAACGAACUGGCCUUCGUGGACUCGAGCGGGUACAACGGCGGCCCGUUCGCAUAUGUCGUCGCAUACCAAUCAUCUCCGGUCAAUGUCGCGGCGGUAUCCACGACGAUCGUAUCCCUCUGCCUUGCGGAUGUCUUCCUGCUAUACCGUGUCCAUGUUCUGUGGAGGAAGUGGUACAUCGCCGCACCAUUGCACCUACUAUUCCUGACAGCGCUCGCGUUCGCGAUCUUGCAGGCGUGGGCGGUCGGACACGGCGAUAGUAGCUUCUGGGUUGUUCCGGCAUUUGGUGGCUGGUCUUUCUACAUCAUCCUGGCCAUGUCCCUCCACUGCCUGCUCACUAUCCUCCUACUGUGGGGUGUGCUGGAUCUCAGCCGCAGGCUCGCCGCCAGCCUGACCGGCCAUUCGGGAACUAUCUACACCGGAUAUAAGGCGGUCCUGGUAGAAUCGGCUCUCCCAUACGGAAUCAUCUCAUUUGUGUUGAUGAUUUUAACCUGCGUGGAUAGCGAUGCUGCCAACCUCUUUGUCCCGCUACUUGUCCAAUUACAAGGCAUCACUGUGGAGCUCAUUGUCAUCAGGAUUGUGAACGGCUACGCCUGGUCAUUGGUCUCACUCCGAGCCAUCAAUGAGAAGCUCAUUACGCUACGCGGCCAGCUCGGGAGACGAGCGGGAUCGGAGAACGUCUCGAUGGAAGCGCUUGGUGGUAACCGCACGGGAGGCAUAACCGUGACUACAGUUGCGAUGAGCGGACCACCACCUUCGGUCCCAUCAGUCUUGCUCCCUGAGCUCACAGGCUUUGUGCCCCAGUUCUUGCUAGACGAUAUCAUCAACAUUGCCAACGAUGCGACGAGGCAAGCUGUUGACGCGAUGGAGGCGUUCCUCGAACGCCGAGAUGCCGCGCGCAACGAAGUUAUGGACGACUGGAAGACUACGGAGGAGCUAGAGAAGGGGCUGAACGCGUUCCAGACGCUGUUAGAGUCGCAUGUCGACAUUGCGUUUGAUUUCCUCGAAGCGUGGUCUCUGAGGAACAUCUUCGCUAUCCCUGCCGACCUCCCUGUUGUUGCGCCGCACCAGAAAGGAUUGGACCUUGACCAGCCGCAAGAGAAGGAGACCGAGCUGCUGAAGGAGAUCAAGGAUUUGCGAAGAAAGAUCCAAGCGCAACGCAAACUGCGGCGGCUGUUCAGCCGUGCGGUGCGGUCGUCGAAUGCGCAACUUGCACAUUCGAAAGCCCGACUGGAGCAGCUCUCGUUCAUCCGCUCACCACAAUUGCAAGAGCUAGGCUCCCUCGCGGAUGAGUUCCUUGCCAUGUACAAUGCCGUCUCCGCGCUGCCCCCCAUCGACCCCGCCUCCACCGCCAUUGAACAAGCCCCUCUGCCUGAGCCAGGUAAACGGCCAUGGGAGACAAGCAAGAUGGGCUAUUUCAACUGGGCAGUGGGGCAGCUGAUGUUACGCGCGAAAGAACACGCUAAGGGAGAAGGGGAGUUUGGCGCGGGAAGCUCAGCUGUUGGUGCAGCAGCAGCUGCCGCCUAUGAUAUCGCGAAUGUGCAAGACGUGAAAGGUGCAUUAGAGGCUAUAGCUGGCCAGGUGGUUGUUGCGCAGUUAGGCUGUACUCAGAAGUCCACCUACGAGAUUGAACUGAAUCAGUAUAUAAGCUUGAUGACAAGCAGGCGGAAAAAAUCAGAGAAGCCGGUGUUUUCAUAUUUCCUGCAGCGCAUAGCCCCAGCCCAUCCGAUCCAGGUACACCAAAACGAUGAGUCAGGACACGCCUUCCACACACCGAAGCGCGACAGAAGGGGAUGGAGCGGGAUGCACCGGAGGACAUUCAACGAAUGGAUGAACUUAUUUUCGUCCCAGUGGUAG